AUGGAGUCCUCAGGCAUCUGGAGGUGCGCUUUUACUCCACCACACAAUAUGGAACAUCAUUAUCCAAUUCAAGAGGAACCGAUGACCAACUCACACUGUUACGAGCCACCAUCAUCUCCACCGACCCCAAAUCAACCUUUCCAACCAAUUCCACAACAGAAUUUUGUCGCCAUGCAACCGCGAGAUGGCCACAAUUAUAAGGAACAGGGCGGUGGAGACGCUGGCGGAGGAGACCGUAACUACGACUGCCCGAAUUCAGUGUAUCGUGUGAUUCACCAACAGGAAGGUCUAUUCGAAGUUAUCGGAGGUCUCAGUGAAGAUGGUCUAAUAGUUAAGGAAUGGAUGUCGGAUGGCUUUGGACCACCACAUCGUGAGGGAUAUGUGCCGACAGAGGAAGAAGAAGAGCGUGUCUCAGUCGCUUCUCGCAACAGUCCACAAUUCCAUAUCAUCAACGAGUUAGGUCAUCGAAUGAUGGUUUCCCAACAACACCACGGAAUUCAUGUUCAAUCAGUCAGCAGUACUCGUGUCUUCAAUAAAAUUCCACAGCAACGUCUCAGUGGAGCAACACGAGGGUUCCACCAAUACAUUGUAAGUCCAUUGUCGCCCGGAGGGUUUGGAGCAAGCGUCAGUCGUCAGAUGCCGGCUCAAGGAGCACCACAAGAAGUCGGAGGUCCUGGAAUUGUCGUUUCCAGUCAGCUAGGUCUUGCUAGACCAGAAGUCUGUCCGGUUUAUGUUACUCGUGCGGUGACUGAUAACUUGGGUCGGAAACUCAUACAUAGAGCAUCCGAUGCCGCAUCUACUACAAGGACCACCCGCACAGAUUCGUCGUGCACCCGAUGA